AGAAUAGUAGGCAGCCCUGGUCGCACUUCCAUUUUCUAUUCGGUUGGCGUGUGUGAAUUGAGAAGAAAUAAUUUUCUGUUGGAUUUUCAGGACAUACCUAUUAGGUAAAAAGUUGUGAGAUAUUUCAUAAGAUCGAGUUAAAAGUGUUAAUCAUACAAAGGAAAAAAAUCGCACACCAAAAAUGUGUUUAAAAGAAGAGAAGAAAGUAAACUAAGGUGGAAAUUUGUGCAAAAAUUUCACGCUUUAUACCGGUGUGGCUGGUAUUGAAGAAGAGCACAGAGCACACAGUUCUUAAUAUACAUACACAUUAUUUUUAAUUGAAUGCGGUUUUUAGCGGGGGAAACGAAAAUAAAGAUAAUUAAAAACUGAAAAGUUAUAAAUUGGUAAUUGACUGCCAUGGCUGACGGUGCCGUUUUAGACCUGUACGCUGAAGACCUGGAUAAAGAUUUUGCCGCGCAGAACCAGGAUGAAUUUGCUGCUGAAGGUGUUGAUUUAUAUGACGAUAUAGGGGGUCCGACCGAAUCUUCAGCUACAGCUGGGGGGACUGUCUCUGUCAAUGCUGGCGAUAAUGUUGCAGCAGUCGCUGGUGGUGAUUCGGCCGGAAACGGUGGCGGGUCCAAUGGUCUAUACCAUCAAGGUGGUGGUAGUUUAACGCCCAAUCAUAUGGGGCGGCGUUAUCAACUAUAUGUCGGUAACUUAACUUGGUGGACAACUGACCAAGAUAUUGCGAAUGUUAUGCGCGAAAUUGGAGUAACCGAUUUCCAAGAGGUAAAAUUUUUUGAGAACAGAUCAAAUGGUCAAUCGAAAGGCUUCAGCGUUAUAUCACUGGGAUCUGAAGCAAGCUUACGUCUGGUUUUAGAACGUUUGCCGAAAAAAGAGCUUCACGGGCAAGCUCCGGUGGUAACGUAUCCGACUAAACAGGCGCUAAACCAGUUUGAGAGUUUGCAGAAGACGCGCCCAGUUCCACCGUCACAACAGAAUGGACCGCCACGUGGUCCCGCACCUCCGAACAUGGGUGUGGGGGGACCAAUGCCGCCACAUCCUGGUGGACAAGGGGUACCCCCUGGCCAUCCACCACGUAUGAUGAAUCCCAAUAUGGCGCCAGGCCAAUACCGGCCACAGCACAUACAGGGUCCACCUGUAGGACCGAAUGCAGGGCCCCCACGUAUGCAGGUAUGUGUGCUUUGAUUAUAUCUUAUCAAUUAUACAUACAUAAAUAUACAGUCAGCGACAAAAAUAUAAAAACCCCC